GCCUCACAAUCGUGCAGUGAGGAGGAAUGAUGUUUGCCAAAAUGACAUAUUCGACGAAAGUUCUGGUGUUCGCUGUUGUCUUCUCGCAGAUGUUUUUCUGGAAUUGGAGGAACUGCACAGCUCGUGGUGAAGCCGAAAAUGGCGAGGGCAAUGAAUCUACAAAUAGUAAAGAAAAUGCCGAAAUUACUUGUAAUGGACCCUAUUUCAAAGAAUAUUGUCCAGAAGAUAUGCCUUGCUGUUUUUGGGAUGGAAAAAAUCGCACCUGUAAAGCAGCUAUAGAAGAAGGAGAGGAAUGUACACACGACGCUCUUGGUUACAACACGAAAUCUUGCUUCUGCAAAAAGGGAUUAUUUUGUGCUAACAGUAAGUGCACCAGUGAAGUUCCAACAGAUUUAAAUGACAAAGAUACUGAAAUGUUUAAGAAAUAAUAAGCAUUCCGAUGGCAUUUCAAUUUUUACAUUACAACAUUACAUUUGUUGAAAUGCUACAUGUGUAAUCAUUUUUUUUUAAUUUUG